UGGGAGCUGAAUAUCCUUUUAAUAUUCAUCUCUGCUUCACUUGUCAGCCAACAGUUCAUAAUUUCACAUGGCAGAAUCAGCUACCAAAAUUAAAAACCUUAUUUUCCAUAUCAAAAAUUCAACUAAUUAAUUUAAAGUAGUAAAUUUCGCUUUCUUAGCCCCCAAUAUUGAUUACCCCAUUAAAAUAUUUUUGGCUAUAUUUAAAGUAGAACUAGAAGAUGCUUUUGCUGAAUUUCACUAAUUUGGCAGCUCUCUUUUUUCUUCUUCUUUCCUUGUUCUUGUUCUACAGACACCCUUCUUGUUGUUCUUCUCAAAAUAUGGCUGAAGGAUCACCAAAAUCCAUUUAUGAUUUCACUGUCAAGGAUAUACAAGGAAAUGCGGUACCUUUGAGCAAUUAUAGGGGAAAGGUUCUACUUAUUGUCAAUGUUGCAUCAAAAUGUGGUUUAACAGAUUCAAACUACAAGGAACUGAAUGUGUUGUAUGAGAAGUACAAAGAUCAAGGUUUUGAAAUUUUAGCAUUUCCUUGUAAUCAGUUCCUGUGGCAAGAGCCUGGAACAAAUGAGGAGAUUCAGCAAACAGUAUGCACCAGAUUCAAAGCUGAAUUCCCUGUAUUUGAAAAGAUUGAUGUGAAUGGGGAUAACGCUGCACCACUUUACAAGUUCUUAAAAUCGGAAAAAGGUGGUUUCCUUGGAAGUGCUGUCAAGUGGAACUUCACUAAAUUCCUUGUGAACAAAGAAGGAAAGGUUGUGGAACGAUAUGCUCCCAAGACACCACCGCUUCAGUUUGAGAAAGACAUACAAAAUCUGUUGGGUUCCUCUUGAGCUCCCAGGACUAUUGAAGAUGGAAGAUUCUACAAAGAAAUUGUGAGAAUCCAGCAUAUGUAUUUACCUUUUAGUUGGAAGUGUUUUUCUAUGGUUUUCCUUCUUCCCUGCCUACGAAACAAGCGAGCUUGUACCCCACCACCCUUAGUGUUUUCUCUUUGAUGUACUUUGGUUGUUUGAACUCGUUUUCCACCAUGAAUUUGUAAAAAUAAAAGUUGCAGAAGUUGUUCUUUCAAACACGAGUGACUAUAGUAGAUCGAUGUAUAAACAUUUUGUCAUCUUAAUUAUGAAUAAACUCGGUGCAAAAGCUAUGAGCAAUGUA